GUCAUCGUAUGUCAUCAAUAAGUGGUUUUUAAUAUCUUAUCAGCUGCUGUGCCCGUAGUUUUACCUACCGCCUGUACGUGUUUGACCUGUGUGUUACAAUUACGUUCGCUAUGUCCGAAUUAAUCAAAAAUGUUGUGCUGCAAACGAUUUCGAAAGAAUGUUACGAGAAAUAUUUCUACGAAAUGAACUUCUUCGAUGUGGACUGCUUCAAAAUAUUGCUUAGCAAAGGAUUGGGCUGUGCAAUAAUAGCUGGAUCCUUAGGUGUUAAAGUGCCGCAAAUAUUGAAAAUUUGGAAGGCGAAAAGUGCCGAAGGAUUGAAUUUGUUCAGCAUAUUUCUGGACCUGUUUGCCAUAACAUUCAAUUUAUCGUACAGUUACGUCAAGGGAUUUCCCUUUACGGCAUGGGGUGACGUGUCCUUUUUGGCACUACAAACUGUGAUUGUAGCAAGCUUGGUCUUAACGUACACCGGUGGCAUACAGAAAGCAUUAGUUUUCAUUACUGCGUACCUAACGAUUUGCUACGUUUUGAUGGGUGGAACUGCGCCUGUCCAAUUUUUGUGGUCGAUGCAGGGAUUCAACAUUCCGAUCAUAGUGUUGGGAAAGCUGUCUCAAGCAUACACUAAUUUCCAGAACGGAAGCACGGGUCAACUGUCCGUCAUCACAUGUUUUUUGUUGUUCUUCGGAUCACUGGCGAGAAUAUUUACGUCCAUUCAGGAAACUGGUGACACUAUGAUGAUAAUGACGUACUGCUUUUCGGCUGCAUCGAAUGGUGUACUAGUCGCACAAUGCAUUUACUACUGGAAUGCAGCCAAGGGUGAACAACCGAAAGUCACAUCGAAGGCAGCUAAAACCAAAAGUAAAUCGAAGAAAGUAGACUAAAUGACCGCAUGGGGUGAUGGUAGACAUAAAAGACUAAUUGUAGGAAAGCUCACGAAUUGUAAUUUCGAUAAUAAAGACGCUUCAUUUGUAGUUUCACGAA